CCCUCGGCGAUGUCAUCCCGUCUGUCCUCCACUUUGUUCUCAAAAAGAAGCUAUCUGCAUGAUGCUCCCCAGAUUUUCAUAUACUUGAUCUUUAAUCCCGCUUGAACUUUUACCUUAUCUCAAGCUUAAUCGAACCUCAAUUGCUGUUGCGCCCACGACAACGAUAACAACAACAGCAAUAUCACCACGUACGUCACUGUACCUCGGCACGGCACAAAGCCAUCCUCGUACUUUAACUGAAUUAAUCCUCGACACAUACGAACCAACACCAACACCCCAAUUGACUCCCGGCGAUUGCCGAAAGACAGACAGACAACAUGUCGUCGCCAUACGCAAUGCCGCCCCAGCGCGACUCCUGGUUCGCGCCCCUUUCCAUCGACCUCCUCGUCAAGGUCCUCAAGACGAGCUUCUUCCACCCCUUCAUAGCCUGGAUCAUCCCGCUCUGCUUCCGGGCUCAGAACAUGUUCUGGGACGCGCCACCGAUGCUAGUUUCCAUCGCAUGGGCUUCCAUGAUCACACUCAGCUGGAUCUUCAUAACCAUCAACAACCGGAUCGCCUACGGUUUGCCACGCGAAGUAGACCUUAGCGAUGAGGUUAUUGUCAUUACCGGCGGUGCCAGCGGGCUGGGUCUGUUGAUUGCCGAGGUGUAUGGCAUGCGGGGUGCUACUGUGGCCGUGUUGGAUGUCAAGGAGAUGGAGAAUGGGGAGGCGAGAGGCGUGACGUACUACAAGUGCGAUGUGUCUGAUAAGGCGCAGGUUGCAAAGGUCGCAAAGGAUAUUGAGAGAGAUCUCGGAACCCCCACGAUCCUCGUGAACAACGCCGCCAUCGUUCUCGGCAAACGCCUCCUCGACCUCAGCCUCGACGAAAUCGACCGCUCUCUCACCACCAACUUGCUCUCCCACUUCUACACCAUCAAGACCUUCCUCCCGCUCAUGGCCUCUUCCGAAACGGGCGGCACCAUCGUCACCAUCUCCUCCGUCAUCGGCACCGUCGCCGCCGCCCAGCUGUCCGACUACGCGGCCGCCAAGGCCGGCGUCUCGGCCCUGCACCGCUCUCUGACCGCCGAGCUGGCGCAGUCCCAUCCCAACAUGCGCACCGUCCUGGUCACGCCCGGUCAGCUGAGCACGCCGCUGUUCUACGGGGUGCAGACGCCCAACAGCUUCUUCGCGCCCGUGGUGGAGCCGGUGGACGUGGCCAAGGAGGUGAUUGCGGCCAUCGACGGCGGGCUGAGCACCCAGAUCGGUAUGCCGCUGUAUGCCAGGUGGAUUGACUGGUAUAACGUUUUGCCUGUGGGGUUGCAGAAGAUUGCGAGGAGGUUGGCGCAGGUUGAUACGUCUAUGAAGACGUUUGAGGGGAGGAAUAGGGGGGCGGCGGGUGGUGAUGAAAAGAAGGGGCAGUGA